AUGUCUUUUGAUAUCGAACGUGUACGAAGCCAUUUCCCUGCGCUGGGCAAAAAGCAGGUGUAUUUCGAUAAUGCUGGAGGCUCUCAGGUUCUACAAGAAGUCAUUGAUUGCAUCGCGGCAUAUCUKGCAUCCAACAAUGUGCAGCUAGGAGCUUCAUACCCCAUCUCACAGGAAUCGACAAACCUCUUUGAACGAGGUUGCUCUGCUGUAGCACAAUACAUCAACACCACUCCAGAUUGCGUUGUGUUAGGUCCGUCAACAACCCAGUUGUUCCGAAAUCUAUCCCUUGCCUUGUUCGACUACAUCACCCCAGAUUYGGAGAUCAUUGUGUCUUUGCUGGAUCAUGAAGCCAACAUUGCAUCUUGGGUACAACUUGCGAAGUGGAAGGGAUGCACUCUUAAAUGGUGGGGUGCCGAAGACAAGCUCAACCCUCAGCUUGAUUGCAAUGUAUUGCGAGGACUCAUGACGAAGCAGACCAAGCUCGUCACUUGCACUCAUACGAGCAAUAUCUUGGGUACCAUUUCGGACAUCGCGGCCAUUGCCAAGACGGUCCAUGAAGUUCCUGGAGCGUUGCUUUGCGUUGAUGCAGUGGCAUAUGCUCCGCACAGAGCUGUUGAUGUUACAGAACUAGGUGUAGAUUUCUACUCCUUCUCGUGGUACAAGCUCUACGGGCCUCACAUCGCAUCAAUGUAUGCGUCAAAGGAGGCGCAAAAGUGUCUGACGACUUUGGGACAUUUCUUCAAGCCGACCGAGACUUUGGAUAACCUCCUUGGAUUGGCAGCCGCGAAUUAUGAGCUGACGGCGUCGAUUCCAGAGGUGUGCAAGUAUCUCGAGCAAGUGCCGUGGGAUGAGACGUCCAAGUAUGAGGAGAAACUGCAGGCGAUCCUCAUCGACUACCUCAACUCCAAGCCCGAUCGGUUUCAGAUUAUUGGUGAGCCAGUUGCCGACCGAGCGAAACGAGUGCCUGUCAUUUCGUUCUUGGUCAAGGGGAGGAGCAGCAAGGAGGUGGUGGAUGCGAUCGAGGCAAGAUCGGACUUUGGAUGUCGUUGGGGAGCAUUCUACUCCAAUAGACUGGCCGAACAGGUAUUGGGGUUGGAUCCCGUUGAUGGCGUGGUCCGUGUAAGCCUGCUACAUUAUAACACCGUGGAAGAAGUCAGUGGGUAUGUCGAGGUUCUUGACGCUGUCACGCAGUCAUAA